CCGCCCCCGGCUGUGGGCCAGUGACGCACAGGGUGAGGAUCGGCGCGCGCGGAGCAGCCAUGGAGGAAACCAUCAGAUUCUAUGCAGAAUCUACCAAUGAAGAAACCACCAGUGAAGUUUGUCCUGUAGAUGUCAAGAAAGAACUCUUGAAGGAAUGUGACAAUAUUUGGAAGGAGUUGGAAGAGUUUCAAAGCAAGCUAAUGCUUCCAGGAAUAGAAACACUGCUACAAUCAGAUACCAAGCUUGCCUUGUUAUUGCUGCAAUGGAAAGCUUUAACAGUAGAUUAUCAAGAGUGGCAUGAGAGAAGUCCUGAAACAAUUUCUACCAAUCCAGAUGUACUGUUAGAAUUAGGAAAAGAAGAGUUGCAGAAAGUAAAGAGUGAUCUUGAAAAGGUGCUAUCAGCAGUUUGUUCAAAGAAUAAACAACUAGAAGAAGAUCUGGAAAGAGAGCAGCAGUGGUAUGAGGAACAGGAACAGAUGCUAAAUACUCUUAACAGAAUUGAAGAAGAGACAAAACUCCAAGUUGAACAACUUUACGAAACAAGAGGAUUGGAGGAACUGCACAAUAAAAUGUUGAAAUUAAAGACCUAUAAGAGGGAACUGUUGAGUGCUCUGGGUGAAUUCCUGGAUGAACAUUUUCCUCUUCCACAGGGUGGUAGAAGUGCUAUAAACAAGAACUUUUCUCCAGAGCCAGCUGUAGAACUGCUAGCACUGCAAGACAUUUUAGAGAUUCUGAUAAAUAAAUUAAUGGCCACACCACAUGAACCUUAUGUAACAAUCAAUGAGUCGUUUUGGCCACCUUACAUUGAGCUGCUGCUGCGAUUUGGAAUUGCCCUGAGACAUCCAGAAGAUCCAAACAGAAUGCGCCUAGAAGCUUUUCACAAGUAGUAUGUACUUCAAAACAAAACAACACCAGUACUCUUAAUUCAGGCAUAGGAUGUACUUAGGCAUCGUAAAAAAUUUCUGUUAUAUUGACAGUCACUUCUUUUUGGAUGAUUUUUUUUCUAUUUUAUUGAAGAGUGUGAGAUAUGGCAAAAGAAAAAAAGUCUCUUUAAAAAAAAAGUCUCAUUAACGAUGCAGAUUCAGGUAAUAAAGUAAAGAUUUUUAACAGUCCUUUUUACAUUAAAAAUCAUAUUUUAUAUGUUACUUCUGUGGUUUAAAUUUUUUAGAUUGCCUGAAGUCUUCUAACAGUAUCUGUCUGCACUUUUUCAGACCUAGUUUAUCAAGGCUUCUAACAGGUCUCUGUUCUGUUGGUUUCUACAGCGUCUAAGUUAUGUCAGUUGAGGGCUUUCUUCUGACUCAGUGCUGUCAUUCUAUGUAAUCCCAGUCUUCUCUGUAGAUAUUGUGGACUUUGAGUACAAUAAUUCUACUUUUGCGUAUCUAUAGUGACUAUACACUUGAAAAAUAAAGUAUGUCUUUUAUUAACCAGAUUGCCAUUUAUUGAGAUAGGAACUUGAAUGAUUUUUCAGCAGAUAGAAAUGGUUUUUAUGUGAUUUUAUGUGAUGAACUUUAAAGAUGAUCUGAGGACACAUGGGAGAGGAAGGGGGAAUGAAUGUAACAUAAGUUCCAGUGUAAUUGCCUUUUUUAGCCCAAUUAAAUGUUAAAUUAAAAAAUUAUUACAUCUUGUAUGGGUUUGAGUGAAAAUUGUUCAUUUUACCCACACAGCUGAUAAUAGCCAUGAGUAUAGAAACCAAUGUGUGCUGUUAUGCAUGAACAUUGACUUCUUUUUGCUUCAUACUGCUUGUAUAGUUACCCUCCUGUUGUAUUUUAACCUCCCUUAUUAAAAUACUAGUUCUAAUGUCUGACUAAUCUAUACACAUUUACCUUACAGUAUUUUUUUAUUAAUUAUACAAAUAGCUAAGUUUCUUGGCUUUGCUUUAUAGCAUUGGCUCAUUAGGGUUUUUUUUUUCUUAAUUUAUUUUUAAUUUCUUUGUAUUCUGCUAUCCUUUCACCUUAUUACUAAUACUACAAGCUGAAAUACUUCAUUGCCCUUGGAUGACUGCUUCUGGGGUGACAUUGAUAAGUUGAAGAAAAAAUGGUAAACCCUAAAUAGUUUCUCAUGUUAUAGAAAGGAGAAAAAUAACAACCUACACUAUUCACCUCCAAAAACCAAACCAAAACAAACCACUAAGAAGGAGAUAGGAUAAUUACAAAUGAGCACUCUGGAGAAGAAGCAAUAUUCAUUAUUUCUCAUAACAAAAUCAAAUCUCAUCCAAGUAAAUCAUAAAAAUAGAUUUAAAUGAAUGUACUUCAUAUAAAAUUUUAUAUUGACAUGGAACUCACUACCAUAAAAUGUGUAGUAAAGAUUACUUACACAUUUUCAAAAAAAUGCAAGUUUAUAGAAUUCAGAUUUUUGAGUAGUUAUUAAAGAAAAUUGGAGUCAGCUGUUUCAGAAAUCUCUAUCAUACUAAUGUUGGACCCUGAGAAGAUACACAUUCUCUGAGAUUCUCCUGCAACUCCACUGCGUUCCCUAAAGCAUUUCUGCUUAGGCUCUGGACAAGCCCAGAGCCCAAAGCUUCAAUGCAGAGCUUUUUCAAUAUACUCCCCAAGCUUCCUGAUGGUUGAUACUACUGAUGCAAGAUCUUUUUCCAAUUUUUUCUCAUAAGGAAGAUCUGUUCAUCAUUGCCUUGAAUUUCUUUGAUUUACUUGCCAGGAUUUUUCAAAGAGCUACAGCUUUCAGUUGGCUCUCUAUAAGUCUGAAGCAGCUUCCCUUAAAAACUGAUUGUGCAUUUUAGGCACUGAGAGAAAAUGGAUUACCCCUUUCUACAGCUUUUCUUUUGCUGUAGUAAGUGACUGUGCUGAGCCAAGGAAAAACAGUAGGGUAACUUCUCCAUUUUUUUCUCUGUGUAUCCCAAAGUGUUUUGGGUUAAAGACAAUGUUGCCAGGUAGGCAGGACCUCUGACGGAAUAGAAACCCUCCCUCCCGGACUUACUGUAAAUUUGAAAAUAGAGAUGAGCUUUUUUGAGCAACAUGUAGAAACAAAAAAAAUGGUUUUUACUAAAAAGUAGAGAACAAUACAAACAAACAAAGCAGAAAAAGACAGUAACCACAAGGGUACAGGGAGAAAGUGGUCUUACUGUCCUUCAGCUAAAACUUCAACAAGUUUUAACAGUCACCCUUACUUCAAAGUAAAACAUCUGUAAUUCAAAGGGGAAGAAAUACAAAAAAAGGUAAGUAUCAACACCAUCAUCUUUAUAAUUAGCUGCACCUUGGAGUCUGUGACUUUGACAUUAAUUUCAUCAGCAUUGGCUCUGUGACCAAGAGGUCACAUUCUCAGUUCCACAUGCUUAGUGCCAUAUAUAUCAAUUAGUACAAACGCAUCCAACGUAUAUACCAGAUACAUCAGUAGUAAUCGCAAAACUAAAAUCCAGAAAACAUCCUAUACUGAGAUUCAGCAUGAGUGAUGGCUAACAGACCACCUGUGGACUGCUGUAGCUGUUCACAUCCUUGAGAUUUUACUUUUUAAAGUCCUGAGCUGACACACAUAUUGGAAAAAAAAAAAAACCAAAACCAAACCAAAACAAACUGUUUCCCAUCGGUGAUGUUUAUUCAGACAGUUUUUUAUUCUACAUAGAGGAAUCUUUUGCUGGAAAGAAGUGUUGCUCAGGAGACAAUUCAUUCCUUCCCAUCUUUUUAGUCUGUCAGGAGCUGAUAACUUACAGAUCUUAAAAAUUAUUUAGAGCCUAAAAUUAAGGCAGCAGUAAUCUGAGAGAAGAUACACAGGUUAUUGAUAUCUUUAUCAUCAGCUCUUUAGUAUUCAUAUGGACUGGUUCACUAGAAAAAUUUGCCCCAAGGGAGAACUAUUUGCCGUUUAGAUUUUAUGGGAUCCAAACUGGCACUUAAGUAAGGAGGAAAAAUGUGACUCACUAUACAGUAGCGAUUCUUCUGACCGUGCAUACCAUGCAGAGCCCCCAACAUUCUUGCUUGUCAGAAUACUUCAGUACAGAAAACCUUGUACUGCGAGGAAAUUGAUCUAGCAAGAGGAACACUUUUUUGCAGUUAGUAUUACAAGGUUACAAGAAAGAUUAGACCAUGCCUGCCUUCAUAAACUCAAUUCUGCAAAGGACUGUGAUUGAUACAAACUUACUUCUGUGAUUUCCUAGUAAAAUAACUAAAUUGUUCUACAGAUAGUUUUUCAACUCCUGACGAUGUCAUUACAUUUAAUUGCUAUGUUUUUCUAUGUUUUGUUGCCUUAAAGAAAAAUAAAUUGUGAUUAUGAGAGUUUGGCAUAAAAAUUUGUGGACAUAAAGUUUUGGCAGAAAUACACGAGAUCUGUUUACGUUUUUGAGAGAGUACAGGUGAUGCUAACGAGAUAGCUACCAUCAGUUACAGACACAUAAUAUGAUCUUGGAAAUAUAAGCUUAUCUUGAAACCUUGAAUGUUCUUUAGUAUUUUGGUAGAAUGAGACUACACUUUCUGUAUGUUAUACUGUAUUUGAAGCUUUUAAAAAAAAAAGCAUAAGUCUAAUAAAAAGUAUAUAAUACC